CCGAAUAUCUGCGAACAUUUGGUACAACUCUAACAUCUACGUGCCGUCGCUGAUUAAUUGUGAAGAAAAAUUGUAAAAAAUAUUAAAAAAUUUAUGUUUAUUAGUGUCACACAAAAAUACGUGCAUUUGCGGGCGACUGCACGGUGUGAUAAAAAAUAUUUUAGCGUGUUAAACAAACAGAGAAGGCAGGUUUGCAACUGGCAAACAAAAGAAUGACUUGUCAAAGAGAAUAACAUGAAUUUGUUGUAGGCAGUAACGCGCGGCGUGGUGAAUAUGCAUGUACAUAUAUAAAGCGCGAACGAAUAAGCAAUGAAAAUUUUAAGUGAGUAAAAACGAGAAAGCGCUAAAGUCACCACCCGAGAAGAGAGUUGUUGUAGAGGGACAACCUCAAACAAAAUUUUGUAAUUUUCUUGAAACUUACCAAUAAUGCCCAAUUAUAAAUUAUAGUCCAAAACCUCUGUGCUAAAUAUACUCACAUUAUUUGAUUUAAUUGCGAAAAAAAAUUCCUGAGUACGUGUGUGCGUGAUUCACAGAUCAGCAGUCAAAGCAGCUACAUACAUUUAACAAACACAACAACAAAAAACAACAGCGAAAACAACAACACAAUGAUAAAAAUGGAGACUGACAAAAUAAUGGACGAGACUAACUCCAAUGCACAAGCAUUCACAACCACAAUGCUGUACGAUCCGGUGCGCAAGAAAGAUUCAUCACCCACAUAUCAAACAGAGCGGGAUGUUUGCUUUCAGUACUUCACACAGUGGAGCGAAGCCGGACAGGUGGACUUUGUCGAGCAGCUGCUAUCGCGCAUGUGUCACUAUCAGCACGGACAGAUCAAUGCCUACUUGAAGCCGAUGCUACAGCGCGACUUUAUCACACUGCUGCCAAAAAAGGGUCUCGAUCACAUUGCCGAGAAUAUUUUAUCGUAUCUGGAUGCCGAGUCCCUUAAGUCUGCCGAGCUGGUGUGCAAGGAAUGGCUUCGCGUCAUCUCCGAGGGCAUGUUGUGGAAGAAGCUGAUUGAGCGCAAGGUGCGCACUGAUUCGCUGUGGCGCGGCCUGGCCGAGCGUCGCAAUUGGAUGCAACAUCUGUUCAAGCCACGACCCGGCCAAACACAAAGACCGCACUCAUUCCACCGGGAACUAUUCCCCAAAAUCAUGAAUGAUAUUGACAGCAUAGAGAACAACUGGCGGACUGGACGGCACAUGUUGCGCCGAAUUAAUUGUCGAUCCGAGAACUCAAAAGGUGUCUAUUGCUUGCAGUACGAUGAUGGAAAGAUUGUGUCCGGCCUAAGGGAUAAUACCAUUAAGAUAUGGGAUCGGACGGAUUUGCAGUGCGUCAAGACACUAAUGGGACACACUGGCUCAGUUCUGUGCUUACAAUAUGAUGACAAGGUGAUCAUUAGUGGCUCCAGCGAUUCCACGGUGCGUGUAUGGGACGUCAACUCCGGGGAUAUGGUGAAUACGCUGAUUCAUCACUGUGAGGCGGUGCUACAUUUACGUUUUAACAAUGGCAUGAUGGUCACAUGUUCUAAAGAUCGCUCCAUUGCGGUCUGGGACAUGACCUCGCCCAGCGAAAUUACGUUGCGUCGCGUCCUAGUCGGCCAUCGUGCCGCCGUAAAUGUAGUGGACUUUGAUGAGAAGUAUAUUGUGUCUGCCAGUGGGGAUCGCACCAUCAAAGUGUGGUCGACAUCGAGCUGUGAAUUUGUGCGUACACUGAAUGGCCACAAGCGUGGCAUCGCUUGCCUGCAAUACAGGGAUCGGCUAGUGGUUAGCGGCAGCUCCGACAAUUCAAUUAGGCUGUGGGAUAUUGAGUGCGGAGCUUGCCUGCGCGUACUGGAAGGUCACGAAGAGUUGGUGCGCUGCAUCCGCUUCGAUACGAAGCGCAUUGUCAGUGGUGCCUACGAUGGUAAAAUUAAGGUCUGGGAUUUGGUUGCAGCGCUGGAUCCACGCGCCGCCUCCAAUACACUGUGCCUCAACACCCUCGUGGAACAUACUGGUAGAGUUUUUCGUCUUCAAUUCGAUGAGUUUCAAAUUGUCAGCAGCUCACAUGAUGAUACUAUUUUGAUAUGGGACUUUCUAAAUUUCACGCCCAAUGAGAAUAAGACCGGCCGAACUCCAUCGCCGGCCCUUAUGGAACAUUAACAUUUUGUGCAAAUGCAGCUGCGGGCACUUCAGCUCUAUUCCUCGAGUGAUGAGGAGGGGCAAGAGGGCGACGACGAUGACGACGACAACGAGGGCCGUGUAAAUGCAGAACAUGAGAAUAUUGAGCUCGAGUCAUUUGGUUAUAAUGUUGAUAAUCUUUAUAAUGCUGUUCAAGAAAACUAAUGAGUAAUACUAAGCCAGCAGAUAGCAUUGAGACUCGUCCAUUAAAUUAUGUUGAACCCAAGAUACUGCGAUCUCCGAUUUUACUGAAAUGCACUAAAAAAAAAAGAAGAACAUUACAAAAACAAAACAAAAAAA